GCGAGUCAGGUCCAGCUGUCUCGUCCCUGUACCCAUGCCACGUUCCUCCGAGCACCUGCCACCGACAGCACGGACUAUGCAAACUCCUCAGGUUGAUGGUGUACCACUCCCCCACUGUACAACAUGACAAUGAAAUGGAUGCAAGGGGUGGUGAUCUGCCUGGUGGUGAUUGUGACGUCACUGGCUGUGUUACUGUCCAGCCCCCUCCGAAAAAACAUGACGCUACUAACAAGCUUUGAUCGGAGUGGCUUUCAGGCGUGUCAGCGAGGUAGGUCGGUGGCGGAACGUCUGAGCAGCGUCCGUCUUCUAUGCUGGGUGAUGACGAUGCCCAGCAAUUUGCAGAAGAAGGCUAGGUACGUCAGAGAGACGUGGGGAAAGAGAUGUGACGUACUCCUGUUCUUCAGCUCGGUAGAAAAUAAAGCCUUGUCCGUCAUCGGCCUCAACGUUUCAGAAGGACGGCGCCAUCUUAGUGACAAAACCUUCAGUGCUUUCCGCUACGUCUAUAAACAUUAUUUCAACCAGGCCGAUUGGUUUCUAAAGGCGGACGAUGACACAUAUGUCAUCGUUGACAAUCUCAAGUAUUACCUGUCCAAGUUUGAUAAGAAUCGGGGACUAUAUUUCGGAGCUACUUUUUCGAGAAUCACACCCCAAGGAUACAACAGCGGAGGUGCCGGUUAUGUGUUGAGUAAAGAGGCUUUGAAAAGAUUUGGUGAGCGUGGAAGGAAUCAGACGGCGUGUCCAUAUCACAGGGGCAUCGAGGACGUGGCUAUGGGGCACUGCAUGUACAACUUGGGGGUCAAGCUGGUCAACACGCUGGAUGAGAAGAAUAGGACCCGGUUCCACGCCUACCACCCCCUCACCCACAUGGAAGCUGGGGACAAAUACCUCAACUCCGUGUCUGCCUAUGGCUACAGAACUGGAGCGAUGAACAUCAGUGAUCUUCCCCUGACGUUUCACUACAUUCAAGGCCGUAACAUGAAGGCGGUUGAGUUCUACUUAUACCAUGUUCACCAUGUUGGCGAUGGUGGGACAGUCUUAACUUAGAGCAGCGAUCUCUCGGUUUCCAUCCUCGCGUGUCCAGGGAAUUAUAUAUAUUAUAUAUUUAUGUGUGGAGUCUACAUUGCCACAGUUUCUUCUGAAAAUGAAGAAAGUCUCUGGGCUUCCUUUUAUUGUAUUUAAUUUUCAUUUAAAAAGAUGUUUUUAUUUUUAUUUUUCUUCUGUAAAAUAUGUACAUGUCAGUGACUAGAUGUGUGUCUAAAAUACAACCUGAGACUGUAUAUGGAAAUGGAUAUGCAUUUCACGUAAACAAACAACAAAGGAAAUGUAGAUCCGAUGCUAAGCUUUGCUUGACCUGCGCUAGGAAGAGAGGGCGGUGGGGUAGCCUUGCGGUUAAAACGUCCGCUCGUCAGUCAGAAGAAACCGGUCGAAGAAUUAAAACGAUGUUCAAAUCAUUUGUUCCCA